AUGUCAGACCUAGAGGACGACCAGAAUCCGGUUCUUAUCCAGGCGCAGAGUAGACGCGGCGUUUCCACGCCCGCCCCGACGCCUCUCCUUCUCUUCCAUGACGGUGGAGGGACGCUGUUUUCGUACUUCCUGCUCGAGCCUUUGGGAAGGGAUGUUUCCGGCUUCGCCGAUCCACGAGCUGAAUCCGAGCGGCCAUGGCAGGGUGGAAUACUUGAAAUGGCGGAAUAUUACUACGACUGCAUGAAAGCAGCCAUGAGACCAGGGCCCGUCCUCCUGGGUGGAUGGUCGUUUGGCGGACAUCUCGCCCUGCAGCUGGCCCACAUCAUCUCGUCGGACAGUCUCGGCGGCUUCGAGGUCGCCGGAAUCAUCAUGAUCGAUUCCUCCUGUCCUCUGGGAGAACGCUACACUUCAAAGGACGGUGGCGAGCACACGAUUCCAUUCAAAGAGGAUGUACCAGUGCAUAUGCGAAAGGUCGCCCAAGCGUCAAUGGAUCGCACCGUGCGCAUGCUCGCGCAGUGGAACCCACCGACCUGGCCCACGGGCUCAAGCGGGCCUCCUCGAGCUCUGCUUCUUCGUGCUCAAGAGAGCGUUGACCAAAGGAAUCAAAGGUCUCCCAAAUUGGACUGGGAACUGUAUCCACACGACUUCAUUGAGUCUGUGACUCCCAUCCCCGGGAACCACUUCAAUCUUUUUGAAGUCGGAAACGUCAGUAUUCUGUCUGCCGCGCUUCGGGAAGGGUGCAAGCAACUUGAGAAGUUCUAUCGGAAUAUUCCCUCUAGAACAUAA